AUGGCCGCGCUCCGUCUCGCCGCGUGCGCCACCGUCGCCGUCCAGCUGUGCCUUGUCCUCUCCCCGUCCCAUUCUCUCCGCUGGCUCUCUGACGGCAAGCCGGAGAGCACCGCCGGCCACGGCCAUGACAGCUACCGGACCGCGUACCAUUUCCAUCCCGCCAACAACUGGCAGGACGAUCCUAAUGGUCCGAUGUACCACAAGGGCGUGUACCACUUGUUCUACCAGUACAACCCGCUCGGCGCCACCUGGGGCAACGGCACCCUCUCCUGGGGCCACUCCGUCUCCGGCGACCUCGUGAACUGGGCUGCCCUCGACAACGCGCUGGACCCCACUACCCACUUCGACGUUAACGGAUGCUACUCGGGCUCCGCCACCACCCUCCCCGACGGCACACCCGUCAUGCUCUACACCGGCGUCAACGCCACCCUCGUCCAGGUCCAGAACGUGGCCUUCCCCAAGAACGCCUCCGACCCGCUCCUCCGCGAGUGGGUGAAGCCCAGCUACAACCCCGUCAUCCCGCUCCCCGGUGACGUCCUCGGCAGGAGAUUUCGGGACCCCUCGACGGCGUGGCUCGGUCGCGACGGUCUGUGGCGCGUCGCCGUCUCCGCCGGGUUCAAGGACGGCACCGGGUCCACGCUGGUCUACCGCAGCAAGGACUUCCGGCAAUGGGAGCGGAACGCCGAGCCGCUCUACUCGUCGGGUGAUGCCGGCAUGGUGGAGUGCCCGGAUCUUUUCCCGGUAGCGGAUCCCAGCGUUCAGAAGGGGCUCGACUUCGCCUCGAGGAACGACGCAGCGUGGCAUGUGCUGAAGCUGAGCGUCAUGGCCACGCAGCAGGACUACUACGUGGUGGGGCUUUACGACGAUGCCGCCGACACCUUCACGUUCGCCGGCGACAACGACUGCCGCACCUGGCAGCGCUUCGACUACGGCCACGUCUACGCGUCCAAGUCCUUCUUCGACGCGGGCAAGAAGCGGCGCGUGCUCUGGAGCUGGGCCAACGAGUCCGACACGGAGCCAGACUACGUCGCCAGGGGCUGGGCGGGUGUGCAGACCGUUCCGAGGAAGAUCUGGCUGGCCAGCGACGGGAAGCAGCUCCUGCAGUGGCCUAUCGAGGAGAUCGCGUCGCUGAGGAAGACGCGAGUCGGGUUGCUCGGAGCGGAGGUGAACGCCGGUGGCAUGAACGAGAUCACCGGCGUCGCGGGCUCGCAGGCAGACCUGGAGGUAGUAUUCGACGUCCCGUCCCUGGAGGCGGCCGAGAACCUCGGCCCCAACCAGCUGCUGGACCCUCAGAAGCUUUGCGAGGAGAAGGAUGCGUCAGUACGGGGCGGCAUCGGCCCGUUCGGGCUGCUCGUCCUUGCCUCCGUGGACCUGCAGGAGCACACGGCCGUGUUCUUCAGGGUGUUCAGGCAUGAUGGCAAGUACAAGGUUCUCAUGUGCACCGACCUCCGAAGAUCGACUACGAGAGCCAGCGUGUACAAGCCGCCCUACGGAGGGUUCGUGAACGUCGACAUCGAGAAGGACAGGAGCAUAUCGCUCAGGACACUGGUCGACCACUCGGUAGUGGAGAGCUACGGCGGCAGCGGCCGGACGGUCAUCACGGCUAGGGUGUACCCAGAGCAUGCCAAGACGACCGGGAGCCGCCUUUUGAUGUUUAACAAUGGGACCAGAGUGGUCAAGGUGGCCAAGCUGGAUGCGUGGGAGAUGAAGGCAGCGGCCAUGAACGGCCCGACCGAGGGGCCUACCACCGCUGGCUGA